CACAAAUUUUGACUUUUAGAUUACACAUUUACCUCAAAAAUGCUUGAAAUGUGAAAGAUAUAAUAAACUUAGAUUGAUAUCCAUUUCUUUUGAAAUUUCAUAAACAAUAACAUACCGCAAUCUUUGUUUACAGAACAAAUAAUAAACUCUCUAAAUUGAGCUUCUGUGAUAAUGUAUAACCUUAAUUUUUAUGUGAACUCUUUUAAAACCAUUAGACAGUAGAUAUUGAUGAUUAAAAGUGAAAAAGAAAAUUUUGGGGAAAAUUGUGAAGAUAUCAUCCUUUCAAGCAAUUAGUCAGUUGAAUCUGCAGCAUUUACCAAUGGAAAUCAUUAGAUGCCAGUGGUAACAAUAUUAUAGUAAAAUUAGACCCAUAUGAAAUUUGUGAUUUGACAGUACUUGGUAAACAUCUUUUUUGGAUACCCAUGUUAGCUGGUUGUGUUUAGAAAGACCAAAUCAAUCUUGGGUAUUCCAUCAUAGGUAAACAUUAAUACAUGUGAGAAAGUGAGGUUGGAAUUUAUUAGUGGCAGAUUUGUUUAUGGACCCUGUAUCAUGAAAAAUUGUAUGAAAUAGUUCAUGGGAGUCUCUCUUUUAUUCCAAAUUAAUACAAAUACCUUAAUAUAUUUCCUUAAGUUAUUAUAUUUGUAUUGAUAGUGGAGGCCGGAGUAACAAGACCUUCAAGCCUAAGAAGAACAUUCCUGAAGGCACACACCAGUAUGACUUGAUGAAGCAUGCUGCUGUCACGCUUGGCAGUGGAAAUCUGCGGCAGGCUGUCAUGUUACCUGAGGGAGAGGAUCUCAAUGAAUGGGUGGCAGUGAAUACUGUAGAUUUUUUCAAUCAAAUUAACAUGUUGUAUGGAACCAUCACUGAGUUCUGUAUAGAGGAUACCUGUCCAGUAAUGUCAGCGGGACCAAAGUAUGAAUAUCACUGGGCAGAUGGACAGACAGUAAAGAAACCCAUUAAAUGCUCCGCACCCAAGUAUAUUGAUUAUCUCAUGUCAUGGGUCCAAGACCAGCUAGAUGAUGAAAAUCUGUUCCCCUCAAAGAUUGGAGUGCCAUUUCCCAAAAAUUUUCUGUCAAUAGCCAAAACCAUUCUAAAAAGACUGUUUCGUGUUUAUGCCCACAUCUACCACCAGCACUUUAAAGAGGUGGUACAGCUGAGUGAGGAGGCCCAUCUCAACACCUCCUUCAAGCACUUCAUCUACUUUGUCCAGGAGUUCAACCUCAUUGAGCGCAGAGAGCUGGCUCCUCUCCAGGAACUCAUCGAUAAGCUGACCAGCAAGGAUCGCUAGGGUUUUCUAACCUUGCUCUUCCAAAAUGUGUGACAGGACUAGUCGAUUAUGAACAUACAACUUAUAUCUCGCUGUGAGGACAUCUGGGAUCUGGACAUUUCCUGCAGGGAUAUAUUAUUUUAUUGCUAAUUUUAUCCAUUCUCUUUUAUUAUAAUGACCACUUUCUUUUGUGCAGUUUCUAUUUUUGUCAGUUGAUGACAGUAUCAUUUCAGGCUUACAGAUGUUAGAAAAUUUAUGUAUUAUUUUUUAUACUGUAUACUUAGACAAUUUUGCCCCAGUUUUAUUUUGGCACAUUUCGUCUUUAUCGUAAAAGGCCCAUUGUAAAACUGAGUGAAUAUGAAUUCAUUCAUUACUUUUUUUUUACAAUUUUUUUUUAAUAUAAUACAGUCGUUUUUGUCAAGUCCUUAUAAAAAAAAACCUUCAACUUUUGAUAUGAAUUUAAAAUUUUCAGUGAGAGUUUUCUUCAUCUUUGUGACCAGGCAUUUCCAUUGGUACCACAUUUUAUGACCAUGAGACAUUUAUUCACUUAUUGGAAAGCCUUCCCUUUAAUCUGAGCUAUGAGAGGGCUUUGGUAUUCAGUAGGUGUAACCCUUGUGACAAAGCAUGUCUACUAGAACAUGCAUGAAGAAUUUGCUUCUAUAGGCUGUGUUAUCAAUAGAGACAUUCAUGUUUUACAAACACAUCUUUCUUUUCAUUGAGUUUACCCCUGCCCCCAAUGUAUAAGGUUUUCUUUUGGAUGUUGAAAUGUACAAUUUUUGUAAAUAUGCCUCACAGUCAAUAUCAUUUGUUCAUUUACUUUUCAUAUUAUGUCAGAAGCUGUGCAUGUAAAAUGAGAAAUAUGGUCUAUUUGAUUAUAGGUCUACUGCAUUACUUCUUUUUGAAAGUUGAUUUUUUUUAAAAAUGCGUUUAUUUUAGUUCUCCUUUCAGGAACUUGGCAAAUUAAAGCAUCUCUCUCUUUUCUUUUUUUAAAGUUUUAUUCAAAGCCAUUCAAAUUUUCUUACUUUCUUAUGUUUUUUCUGAUUUCAGCAAAAGAAAUGAGCUGUGGAACUUUUUGAUGUGGUAUUCUUUCAUUUAAAAUGGAAUGUCAUAAGAAUGUAGUGGUACAUUUGCACAACACAGAUACUUAUUUUAAAAUUCUCAUUUUUAUUGGUACUAUUUUUUUUCUUUUCUUUUUUGAGUGCAAGGAUAACUGUGAUAAACAUAAUGUUAUUUAGCCUUGUUUUUGUAUUUAUUUCUUGGAACUCGUACUUUGGGUCACAAAUAGUUGAUUUUUUGUCAAGGCUUUUUACGGUGCUGGAAAUAAGAGACCACAGUCUUCUAGUCUCUCGGUAUAAUAUUCACCUGAACAUGUACACACUAUCCCCAAUUUGAUGUUAUUGAAUAUUAUGCUUGUUUAAGAUAUGCAUGUAUUUUUUUUAAUUACCAUAUUUUCAGCCCAUUCUGAUUGGUCAAGUCAGAAGAAAAGGUACAUACUCAUAUUUUAUUUGCCCAUGUAUGCUACACAAUGUUCUUUGUUAACUGGUUCAAGUGCUAGAGGUCUGAGAGCUUCUUGUGUGUAGCUAACAAAAUUAUGUGAUUGAAAUGCAGAUUUUGUGGCCUUCAAAAUCGAAUUGCUAAGUAGUGCAAUAGAUAAGGUGUAUGAUUGAAAAGCUUUUAGAUACACUUUUAUUGUCAUGAUUGUAGCUUGCUUGUUACAGAGCACCAUAAUGUAAUGCGUAAUAACUGAGAAAUCCUUCAUUUAUGUCAUGCCUUUGUGUACAUACAUGUCUCUCAGAGAUCAAAAUAUAAUAUUUUAGGUUUGUGACUUUUUAAAAAAUAGAAUGUUAUACUUUGUAAGAAAAUAUGGAAACUGAGAGUCUACAGUCAGAUAGGUGAUGCAUGUACUUACCCUUCCCAUGUGCAUUUUAAUGAACCAUUAGGUACCGCAAAUAAGGGUGAUUUUUCAUUAAAAGCUAAUCAAGAGUAUUCGUGCUUUUAAGAUUUACUAAAUUAAAAAGGGACAUUUUUUCUUGUCAAAUAAAAAAAAGAUGACACUUUUUAAUAAGACUAAAAUUAUUCUGGAAAAUGGAAUAUAUUUCUUUUAUGCCUUCUUAAGAUGGGACGUAUUGGUAUAGUGAUGUGUGUACAUCUGUCUGUCUGUUCUGAGUUUAUAUUUUCAUUUUUCUGUUGCAUAUUAAGCCGAAACUUGCUGUUUAGCCUCUGUGGGUCACUCUAGAUGAUGUUGCUAUUUUGACCUUUAUAAGAGUUUAGCCGCUUUAUUUUAAAUAAUUAUUCAAUGUUAUAUGGAGGGUACCUGUUUUGUCCAUCUAACUCCUACCACAGUUUUCAGUUAGGACCUUAUUUUACAAAUAUUGAAUAUGUGCAUAUCGUAAGGAUUUUGAUUUUCUUGAAAUUUUAAAGAAAACUACAGGUUGUUUGCCUUGGUCUGUUUUGAGAAAAUAUUAAAGAGUGUAUCACAGCUUAAUGAUGCUACCUUACAUGUGUAAAAUUGUAAAACUCAAUGCAUUUUUUGCCAUGUUUGCUAAUCAGUGUGAUAGAAAAAAAAAACCUUAAGAAAACAACCUACAUGAGCUUGUGAUGAGCAUAUUAUGUACCGUUUCCAGUGCUCUUGUUUAUGUUUGGUGUGAUAUGCCCUCAGGUAUUACCAAAGAAAAUGAAAGUCUAAAUUGCUAUUUUGAAAUGAUUUCUUUUAAUAUAGUGCAGCAUUUCUUAUUUCGUCAUUCAAUUGUCUGUUUUCUAAACUCAUGUGCCACAUAUAUACAGACUGAAUAAUAGGAUAUUCUUGGAAUUUUAUAUUGGCAAAAGAAUGCUGGUAUUCUAGGAUGAAAAUACUUCUUUAUCCAUAAUUUUAAAUGUUUUGUUACGGUGAUCUGAAAAGUAUUUCAGAUUUAAUUGUAGAGGGUCCUUAAGGAUGGAUUCUUAUCAUCGUUUAGACAAAUUAGAUGGUGUGUACCAUUUGUGCUUGUAUUUUCAUCAAUUAUAAACCAUGUGGGUCAUGCUGCCACAUUUAUAAUUCUUUCUUACUUGCAGUUGUAACUUUAAAUGCUAAAUUGAGGUCAAAGGAAUUUGAAUUCUAGGGAACUAUCCCAGUAUAUUUUUAAUGAAUUAAUGGCAUAGUAAAAUAGCAUCCGCUUAUUUUAAAAAAAAUUUAAAGUACUGACGUUUUUAUCCAAUAAAACAUAAUCAGAGCGGGAAAAUAUGUUCAGAACUAUGGGAAUAAGUCGUAACUGACUUAUGAUGAUCAAUAUGUAAACUUCUAAAAUUAUCAGAGGAAUUUUAUCUUCUAUAUACAUGUAGUUGAGUUUACCAGUGUUGAAUAAUUAUGCUAUGCAAACAGACAUAAAUGAUCAUAGAUAUUAGUGAUUAUGCUUAUUUAUAUAAUGAAUCAAAGGUAUGUACAAUUUACACUGCCAUAAUGGAAUUUUUAGGUUCUUUGCUUUAGAAAGAGAGUGACCUUGAAAUCACUGAGACAUAAGAACAAUAACCUUGAUGCCACUUUCUGUAUAUCAAAAGAGUGUAUACAUUUAAGAUAUUACAUUUUAAUCCAUCUGAUGAAUAUGAGAAGAAUCCAUCCUUAUGUUUGCAAGUUCCAGAAAGGAAAAAUUAUGUGCGAUUUUGACAGAGAUGAGUUUUAUGCCAAAAUUUGAUUGGUGUCACUGCACAUAUUUAUAUCAUUGUUAUUAAUGUUGAUACAUGUAAAGAACAUGAUCCCACAUUAAAUCAUACAAGAUUUAA